ACGCGACCGGAGUUAUCAUUUCCAUCAGUAUACAUAUUAUUACAGAAAUUUAAACCAAUCUGAUUGUUUUUCGGGAAGUAAUGACCUUGCCAGAAAACAUCCCUUUCUGUUGAUGCUUCUGUAUCCUCGCGCGCGUUCGAUAAGACGUUAAUUUUAACGACUGACGUGGAGUUUAAAAAUGUGUAUUACAGAUUUUCUGUCGCAUUGGUUGCUGAUCACCUGAAAAUAUCCAAAUAUUAUAUUAUUCAUUCUUCCUUGGCCCGAUGAUUUUUCGCUUUUAAGCGUAAACUAGCUGUUUCCAACCGAAAGUUCCAUAUUUCCGUGACGAAUCUUUGCCUUGGCGUUAAUACAACAAAUAUUCGUUUCGUAUUAUUACGACAAAGCCUUUAUGACGUAAUUUAUCGUGUCUAUAUUUACCUAUAACGUUGAAUAUGCUGAAUGGAAUUCUAAUGGAUAUUUUGGUAAAUCGAUUCUGUUUGAAAACGAGAUUCUCGAUUUAAUAUGUUCGCUAAAAGACAGUGGAAAUUGAAGAGGGUUUUCAACGCGACUCAAUGUUUCCUGAAGCUUCACAAGACAGACGAAUGUCCGAACAGCGGAGAGGACAGCGACGAGGAUGUAAUAACGGAUUACCUGAGUUCCGCAAAUCCCAACGAUAGCCGAGUAGCCAGAGGAACAGACGACGAGUUGGAUGGUUUGACGCUUGACGGAGGUGCCUCAGAGUCCGAGUAUACGAAGGACGGGUCUUCUGUCAUUGUAAUGUCGGACAGGGGUCUCGACCAGCUCAAGCAGCAGCCUGGAGGAAUCGGUGCACAGCUGCGCUCUACGGGGCCACUGGUACCGAUAAUUAGUGUGACUCCCCAUUCUCCAGGAUUUGCAAAGCACUAUCCUGUUCUCGAUGACAACCUUCGUCAACUGCACGAGAUACAUGAAAGCAUUCAGCGAAUGCGGGAUUUGACGCUGACCACUACCGGUCACAAUGCUCGCUCCCGCCUCCAUCGUCAUCACACGCAAAGGCUUAGUUCUUCUUGUCCCUCGCUUUGUCCUCUAAAUCCCGUCCCUCUCCGUACUCAUGAGCAUCAAGAUACCAGCUCUGACCCCGACUUGUUAGUCGACGGUUCGGCAAACAGUUCGCCCACCCAUUUUCCCUCAUCUAAUCGUCACUUGCCCCAUGGAAGUCAAGGAGUCGACAGACGACGAAGUUGGACCGAUCUUGAGGAUUCAAGACGGGGUUCGCGCCACUCUGGACAGGACCAUCACCUUCAUCUACAAGCCCGAACGAUGGAUGAAACAAACGUCUUGAACGAUUUUUCGUUUCAGCGUCAGCGGAGCAUAAGCCUCAGUAGCUUGGAGAGUGAACUAGAUUUAGAUUUAGAUAGUAAGCCUCACCCCACUGGAACGGUACCUGGAAGCAAAGCGUCUAGAUCACAAGCCAGUACUCAUUCACUCAACGAAGCAGAUCUUAUUCAGGGUGACUUUCAGAAGAUCGUUGCAAAGAGAGAGAGGCUGGGCGAGAGUGGAGGACUGAUGCCCGGAAUUACUGGCUCUCGUCUACCACUGCAGAAAUCCAUUUCAACACCCUCAAUUGUUACACCCCCUGUCCACACGCAUCUUACCGAUUCUGGGAUUCGAACUACUCCUUUACUUACCGCUAUUCUACAUGGCCCGGGACGUCACGACAGAGGCAGCGGAAGCGAGACAGAAACGGAGGAUCUUAUUCCACAACGAAGCCACGGGUUUCACGGAGAUUUGGCCAGAGAAGGUACACCCAAUGCACAAGCCUCCUUUGACGAACUACUUACCGACGGAGUUGUGGAUGACGAUAAUCAUUCUGAGAAGACACGUCGAAAGCGGGGCUCUCUAUUCUUUCGUAAGAAGAAAGAUAAAAGCGGCAAAAAAGCAAACCAAAGUCAACAGCACCAGUGGGUGACGGUAGCUGCAGCCAGUCAUCAAAGCGGGGCAACGUGUGAUUUUUGCACCAAGCAGCUGGUGGCCAACAAGCCAGCUCUACACUGUGAAAAUUGCGGAGCUACUGUUCAUCAAAGUCAAGGAUGCAAGGAUCAGCUGACGUUGGAGUGUGUCAAACAGAAGCAACAUUCGUCAAAAUCGGGAUCCAAGUCCGUGUCUGGCACUCCAGCAGCGACCAACAAUGCUAAGAGAGGGUCGACGUCUUCAUUACCUCCUCCUUUGUCGACGAACAGCGGGAGGGAGAUUAGCAACAAGAAAACCGCAACGGGAUACAGUCCUUGGCGGCGAGUCGCCACCAAGCUAGGAGUCAAUCAAACGAUCAAUGAGGAAAGAGACGGGGAUAGCACUGGACACCAUCGUGAAGCGCCAAGUAACUGGGAAGAACACGAAUUUGGCGAAGAGAGUCAUCAGUUUAACGUCGGUGAUUUAGAGGGGCUGGACCCUGAGUUGGGCUUGGGAAAAGAGGAACCCGAUUCAUGGACUGCAGCCGUGGGGCGCAAUGUAGCCAGGGGUCUUGUAAAUAGCUGCGAGCGCGAAGUUAAGCGACAGGAGCACAUAUACGAGUUUGUCUUGACAGAGAAACAUCACUGCCUUGUUUUACUGGCUAUGGAGCGAAUAUUCGCUGAUGGCCUUAGGCGUCAUUUUGGCCUACCACCUACAGAUCUCGAACGAAUGUUUCCUCGGCUACGAGAUCUUACAGAUAUUCAUCUAAAGUUUCUGUUAAAGCUGAGGAGACGCCAACAGUCCAACUCUGUUGUGCCAACUAUAGCGGACAUUUUGAUCGAACAGUUUUCAGGGGGUAAUGCUACAUCAAUGAAAAGUGCGUAUGGUGAUUUUUGUAGCCGUCACCGUGAAGCAGUGAAUGCCUACAAAUACUAUUAUCGCAGCGAGCCCAGAUUCGUUCGCUUUGUACGGCAUUGCCAGGCAAAUCCUCUCUUGAAGAAGAAAGGCAUUCCAGAGUGCAUUCUCUUCGUCACCCAACGAUUGACAAAAUACCCGCUACUCGUUGAACCUCUGAUCAAGACAGGGGUUGCAUCCCAUGAAGUCGAGGAUCUACGCCAAGCGUUGCUUCUUGUUAAGCAAAUUUUAGGGGAUGUCGAUGCCCAAGUUGCUGACAAGGAGCGAGCUGAUCGAAAGCUAGAGAUCUAUCACAGAAUCGAGGCUAAGUCUUUCGCCACGCAUCGGGGUAUGAAGUUCAAAAAGUCGGAUGUGCUAGGAAGCAAUCGUACUCUCAAAUUUGAGGGUACAGCAUUCUUGAUGCAAGGUCGUAGCAAAAUGGCACCUGUGGUUGUUGUCGUUCUAUCGGAUGUAUUAUUCUUUCUUGCUGAAACAAGAGAUCAGAAAUAUGCAUUCUUUGCACCAGAUAACAAGGCUGGUGUUGUCUCACUUCAGAAGCUACUUGUGAGAGAGAAAGCUGGACAAGAAUCCAGAGGCAUUUAUUUGAUAAGCAGUAACCCCUCGGAUCCGGAAAUGUUUGAACUGAAAGUGCAAAAACCCAAGGACAAACAGCUCUGGAUACAGGCAAUAAGAGCUGCAGUUGAAACAUGUCCGCAGGAUUUAGAGAACGAAAAUGACGAACUGGGUAACAACGGAGAAAACGAACAUAGGGAUAACCGUUCCUCAUCUGUAUCAACAAUAUCUGCCGAAGAAAGACAGCGUAUUGUCGACGCGAAACAGUCACAUAUACGCGACAUUGUCGAUGAAUUGCGAAAAAAAGAUGUAGAACAAGCCGCGUUACUCGAAGAAAAGAUGGGAUUGCAAUUGAGACUUCGAUCUGCUACCGGUGUGUGGAACACAAAUGAAAGUGACAACGAACGAGAGAGUCGAGAAGACAGAGAGUUGCCCGACUGCAGUAAAUUAGUGCCAGAUUACAAACGACUUGUGCACGCUGACAUAGGUUUAGUCUGGAGCGAGGCUGUUGUUGCUGUUCAGAAGGCGAUGCGACUUGCCAGUUCAUUGUCAUUUAGUACAGGAAGUGCAACACUUUCACGUAGUUUAAGCUCCGCUGGUGAACGGCAUAGUGAAGCCUAUGUGCCGCCAGCACUGUGUGUACCUAGACGUGCGGAAACGUUUGCAGGGUUUGAUCACAAUAAGGAGCGUUCCCCGUGGCGCGACAACACAACUUUGAACUCUGUCAUUCCGCCCAUGAAGAUUGGUCAUUUAUUAAGUGAAUUGGGUGAAGGAAAGGAGGAUGAAGAAGCAGACACUGAGACCGAUGGAAAUCGAGAUCAACAAUUAGCUGCCGUUCAGUUGUCACACUACGUUUAUAGGCUCUUUUGUAUAGUCGCGAUUCAAAUGACGACGAUCAACAGUCUCCAAGCACAGCUAGCAGCUUGGAAAGACGGAAGUGGAAAGUCGACCAAUAACCGACCAAAUCCGAAUCGGCAACUGGAAGAGCUACGCAAUCUGCAGGAUCAACUUAGCCGUGAAAAGGCGGCGUGGCGUGCAUCAACUCAACAAGAGCGUACGGAACUGGAUGAACAGCGGGCCCAACUUUCAAGGCUACGGGAUCAACUUACGGCCGAACAGCGUGAUGUCACGCAACAACGCGAUCAGCUGUAUCGCCGACUCGAAGCGUUAGAGAGGCAAGGUGUUUCUCUGGUAACACCAGCUGCAACCGGAGCUGCACCUGCACAUGGAAGCCAAAGUACUGACACAUUGCCAUCGCGGAAAAGUCAGGACAACAAACGUAUACCAUUGAAUUUGAUCAGUGCUACUAACCAACAGAAAGUUCAGAGCAGCCUUCCUCCAGUCAAGCAACAGCUGCCUUUGAAGCUGGCCAGUGGCAGCAACAAUAAUAAUUCUAGAAGCUCGAGCAUCAUUGCCAAUAACAGCCCUGAUCGUCACUCAAGAGCUGGUAGCAGUCCGGCAAUCGUGACAAGCUCAUCGUUUUCAUCACCUGACCUUAGUAGCAGCAAUAGUUUUAGCAAUAUUAACACCAACACACAGACUCGAUUACGAGCAACACGUUCGCCUCCUGAACAGCCGCAUCAUCACCACCACAACCAACAGCAGCAGUCGCAACAAUCACAACAGCAACAACAUCAACAGCAAAGGACGGAACAACCCCUAGAAGAAGAAGUUAUAUUUUUCUGACGGCUCUUUAGAUUUGGGCGCAAACAUCAUCGGCCACCACGUGCGCCAGCCUCGCCUCCUGCUAUCAUUCCUACGAUUCCGGCGAGCACACCGACUCCUUCACGAAGCCAACAGAGGCAGUCACAACCCUCAAGAAGUAGAGUCAAAUCAUUUUGACUCUUUAGUUGAGACACCCUUUCCUCGUACCUUUCCCAAUUGUUCUCCAGGUGAAUCCAGGUAUGACGGGUGUCCCACUAAUAAAGUUAUAAAACCGUUCUGGAUUUUUAAUCCAAGAAUCCAUUGCACAAACUGUCGGGUUAUUAAUAGAGGUUGUUGGUUAACGAAAGAUGAUAAAAUGAAAGAAUUUUAUUAGCGCCAGCAGGGACGACGGGAAUACAGAUCGUAAAUGUAUCGUUCUCAGAUACAUUGCAACAGACUUGAAAUGAAUUUUAGCUCUCAAUAUCCUACUUAGGUGAGAUGACAAAUUGGAGGCAAAACAAUGUUCUGUACUAUAGAUCGAAUAUUUAAUAUUGACAACGAUAUUUGAAGUAAUGAAUAACGGUGGCAAUUUUCUAACGGAACGGCCACAGAUCGUUGUAUUCUUCCAGAAAAAAAGUAUUAUGGGUCGAAAAAUUUUUAAUUAUCGGCCAAUCUUGUUGACUCUUCGUUCGUUAUAUACUUAUUAUUAUGUCGACUGACGGUUCUAGACAAGGUUUUAGACGAAUCUUUUAAGCAAAUACCUGUUGUCGUUUGCUAGUAUUAGAUGAACAUUAAACAUAUUACGAUUAUAUACAUAAAUACUUAUAUACAUAUAUAUAUAUAUACAUAUUAUAUAUAUUCUUAUGGUAGGUAUUCUUAUACCGUAACGUUUAAAUAUUUUAAUAGAUUAUAAGACUUCUAGAGGCAGAUUUGUUAUGCCUCGCAUUGGUCCGCGUUUGUUUCUUUAUACGACUCAGAAACCGAGAACUAUCACGCGAGUGCCAAUUGAUCGCAGCAUGCCAAUUUCUAGCUAUUAAAGUUAUGUCUACUAAAAAUGAACGUGAAAUUGGAUCUUUUUUCGAUAUAUUUUCUUGCUGCAUUUUAUAUCCUAUAUGUAUAACUUAAAAAAGUAUUAGCGUACACAACGUACAAACGUUACGCAUUUAUUUUGUAAAUGACUACUUCCAUCAUUAACAAACAUUCCCUUUUUGCUAACUGAUGAAACAUACAUUCUUUCAUUUCUCUUUCAUUAUUCUCACUCGUUUACUAACUUUUCGAUGAUGAGUAUUAUUGUUAUGAAAAUGGAAUCAUUCCUUCGCUACUCGUUAUAAAAAAAAAAAAAGAAAAAAAUUACUGUAUAAACAAAUUUGAAACUAAGGUUCGAUGAAACGGUUUGUGGUAACUUAUGUCCUGUUACUGUUCUCAGGCUUAUUUGCCGAAGAGAAUAUUCUUCGUUAGUGAUAUAAAAGUGUUGUUCGAUCAAUUCAUUCCAGACAGAUGGAUGAAUGAAUAAGCGGAUCCAAUUUGUAAAUAUUGUGACGAAAUCUUGGAAAAUUUUCGAAGAGCCACAUAAAUAUCGAUAUUUAUUUUGCUCCAGAUAAUCGAGACUCGUUGAAACGUUUUGGCACCAUCUUUCUGGAAUAUAUGUGAAACAGUCGAUCAACCUGAUUUAAAUAUUAUCAAGUGGCUGUUAACGGAAAUGUUGACUGUAGCUACUGACUGUUGAUCGAUCGGCGUCACACUGCAUCAGAUAAUUAUUAUUGAUAGGAUAAGAAAAAGAAACUUAAGUAAUAUUAGCAACUAUCUCUUCUCAAUCAAUCGUGGUGACAAUAGACUGUAAAGGUAUGAUUGUAUCAGGCGCAAUGUGUAGAAUACUGCAAGUGUACAGUGUAUUUCAAUGUUGGAUGAUUUUGGUCAUGCAGGUUUAUACGGAGUGUUAAUAUAACUAAUAAUUGUUAGCUCGUAGCGAUGUAGUUGAGUUUAGAACUAUGACAUUUAAUAUCAUGACAAUGGCUAUGCAAUAUCAGGGUGUUCAGUGAUUGGGAAAUUUUAAAUUCCCUCAGAAUUUCAGGCUUAAUAGAUCAUAAUCUUGCCUCAUUCACGUUAAAGAAUCCUGUUUUAUAGUCAUUGCCCAGGUAAAAUAAACUUUUCUCUUCUUUCAACCAGUUAAAAUUCACGCACGUUGUAUUAUACGUUCUUACCGUAAAACAUCCUUUAUAUCUUUGAACUCUGAUCUGGUACUAAGAAGGAAAAGUAACAAUGCACGGGUGGUAAAGAGUCACUAAAAACAAGACCAAUUUUACGUGAAAAAGAUUCCGCGAAUUAAAUAGUGUAGAGUAAUAUAAAUCAUAUUUGUAAUUAGUGAAACAAUUAGGCAUAAAUAUAAAAAAACCUGAGAAUUUGUUGUUGUUCGAAGUCUAACAUAGACACUAACAAAAAUAAAACAACACAAUGAAUGAAGUAUCUAAUUUACCGAUUUGACAAAACGAAUAGUAGGUUAAAUGGAGAAAAAAAUAGGAAAAUUCUAGAAAUCAAGCAAUUUCCUAGAUUACUAACGCACAAGUAAAUUAGAUUUUUUUCCGAAAUUCGACAAGUCCAGACAGUUUCAUAAAAUAUUCUGAUUUUUUCUUGUAAAAUCUAAGUCUCAGAGACUUUCAAGAUUCGCAUGUUUUCAAACUUGCUCAACACCCUGAAUUUAUAUGCAUACCGAGACAGGUGCUUAGCCAUUUUAGUUAAUAAAGAAUAUCUAAGCCGAAAGAUCUAUCGCAGAGUUUGCAUUCACAAUUGAUUUACACUGAUUUAUAAAGCAACCAAAGUGCAAUAAAUAUUUUUUAUGGAGUGAGAAUUCAUGAAACCAACAAACAAAUUCCUGGUUCAAUUCUUUUUAAAGUAUCUGGUUUAACAGUCUGUAUUUUUCAAUAAUGAUACUUGUUAAUUUGUCUCGAGAUCAUUGAUGCCAGAAGUUAAAAUAUGGUGAUUUCGUUUUCCAACUCACCUAGUACUUUCGUAUGGAAAUUCAAUAAUUUGCCACAGUAAUCGAAGAUGGUGAGAGUUUGAUGGCGAAAUUCAACAUUUCUUUUGCAAUCGAGCGUCACGUGAAAAAAAAACGUGUCAGUUUAUUCAAGAAUAAUCGUAGAAUUAACAAUGUAUUAACUACAAUUAUUUGACGGCAUUCAUAGUUAAAAUUACUUUCGUCAAAAAGAUGUAUGCUUCGAGGUGGCUCGAAUAUUUAUUUUAUUUACCGUGGUGUAACGUCGUUAAUUGCCAUCAAGCUGCAAAAUGAACGCUUUUACUAUAAUCCUGAAAUAUGGGACCUACUUUUUGAUAUUUUGCCGAUAGAACUAAGAAUAUGUGUUGAAAAAUAAUCCGCUAUUAAGCAAUCUUCGGAGAUGAAACUACCUCUCAAACAUUUUUUAGUUUUCUUUUUUAAUUUUGUUUUCACUCAACUUUCGAGUUAUCUGUAAAAAAUUGAAGACUCUCUGGUAUUUGAGCAGUCCUUUUACCCGCUGACACUGUUCAAUAGCAGCCAAACUUUUACACAUAUUUUCGUUUUCGUCCUCUUUGUAGCAUAUGAGAAAGUGGCACUAUGUUUUAGCGGUUUGCGAACCAAUUUUUUGUUCGUGAACAGCUUGGAAUAUAUUUUUGGACUCUCAGUAUUCUCAUUCAUUCAGCAGUUUAUAAUUCUUUAAUAAUAAAAAUUUUCUCUGGACAAUAGCAAAAGAAAUCUUUGGGCAUAAAUGAAGUAGUGUAAGUGGGCUCACACCCAGAACUUGACAAAUAAAAUACAUCGUUUUCAUCUAA